AUGAACCCUCGUGCCGAGGGCUGGGAGGUCGCAUACCAGAAAGCCCACGACUUUGUGUCGCAGCUUACACUCAUGGAGAAGAUCAAUCUGACCACCGGUGUUGGCUGGGCCAAUGGUCCUUGUGUAGGAAACACUGGGUCGAUUCCUCGACUUGGAUUUAAGGGCUUCUGUACCCAGGACUCACCCCAAGGUGUUCGAUUCGCCGACUACACCUCCGCUUUCACAUCCAGCCAAAUGGCGGCCGCCACUUUCGACCGCUCGAUUCUUUACCAACGAGGCCGUGCCAUGGCACAGGAGCACAAGGGAAAGGGCGUCACGGUGCAACUGGGGCCUGUUGCCGGUCCUUUAGGUCGUACGCCGGAGGGCGGCCGGAACUGGGAGGGGUUCUCCCCCGACCCCGUCUUGACCGGUGUCGCUAUGGCCGAGACUAUCAAGGGCAUACAGGACACUGGGGUGAUUGCUUGUGCCAAACACUACAUUGGGAAUGAGCAGGAACAUUUCCGUCAGGCCGGCGAGGCUACGGGCCACGGCUACACUAUCUCGGAUUCGAUUUCUUCCAACAUCGAGGAUCGCGCUAUGCAUGAGUUGUAUCUAUGGCCUUUUGCCGAUGCGGUUCGCGCUGGUGUAGGGUCUUUCAUGUGUUCAUACUCGCAGAUUAACAACUCCUACGGAUGCCAGAAUAGUUACACUCUGAACAAGCUUCUGAAAAGCGAGUUGGGCUUCCAAGGAUUUGUUAUGAGUGAUUGGAGUGCGCAACAUUCUGGGGUAUCGUCCGCUUUGGCCGGUCUGGAUAUGUCGAUGCCGGGCGAUACCGUUUUCGACUCUGGCCUGAGCUUCUGGGGCUCCAACCUUACGGUUGCAGUUCUGAACGGCACGGUGCCCGAGUGGCGCCUCGAUGAUAUGGUUAUGCGUAUGAUGGCAGCGUACUUCAAGGUUGGCCUCACCAUUGAGGACCAACCGGACGUGAACUUUAACUCCUGGACCUCUGGCACCGACGGCUACAAAUAUGCUUAUGGCAAGGAAGAUUACGAGCAGGUCAACUGGCAUGUCGAUGUCCGUGGCGAUCACGCGAAGCUUAUCCGCGAAACUGCAGCAAAGGGCACUAUCCUGCUGAAGAACAACUUCGGUGCCCUUCCCCUUAAGGCUCCCAAAUUCGUGGCUGUUGCACGCUCGCGAUGGGAUGGGGAUCUGGAUCCACCCAAUUCCCCUACCUGGUUACCCCCCGACUCUGCCAUUCAGUCCAAGGUUCUGGAGUACGGGGGCCGCUAUGAAAGCAUUCUCGAUAAUUAUGACGGCGAUGCCAUCUCCUCCCUUGUGUCGCAGCCAGAUGCCACCUGCAUCGUGUUUGGCAAUGCUGACUCUGGCGAAGGCUACAUCACGGUCGACACCAACUGGGGUGACCGCAACAACCUGACUUUCUGGCAGAAUGCGGACCAGGUGAUCCAGACGGUUAGCUCUGUGUGUAACAACACCAUUGUUGUUUUGCACUCCGGCGGUCCUGUGCUGUUAAAUGAUCUGUACGAGCACCCGAACAUCACCGCGAUCGUCUGGGCAGGCCUGCCCGGCGAGGAGUCUGGAAACGCACUGGUCGAUAUUCUCUGGGGCAAGGUCAAUCCCGCCGGUCGCUCUCCCUUUACCUGGGCCAAGCAUCGGAAGGACUAUGGGGUCGACAUUAUGUAUGAGCCCAACAACGGCCAGCGGCCGCCUCAGCAGGACUUCACCGAGGGCAUCUAUCUCGAUUACCGCCACUUCGACCAAGCGGGGAUCGACCCGAUUUAUGAAUUCGGGUAUGGCCUGUCCUACACCACGUUCGAAUACUCCGAUCUCCGAGUCGUGAAGAAGCAUGUCCGCUCCUACAGCCCCGCGACCGGUACCACGGCGCAUGCACCUGCGAUGGGACAGCCCCCCAGCGAGGACCUCCAGACCUACGGGUUCCCCGCGGCAUACAAGUACAUCAAGGCCUUCAUCUACCCCUACCUCAACAGCACAGAUUCCCUGCGCGCCGCAUCCCAAGACCCCGACUACGGCAGCACAGACUUCAUUCCACCGUUCGCGCUGGAUGGCUCGCCGCAGCCCGUCAACCCAGCCGGGGACCCGGUCUCGAGCGGCGGCAACGAGAUGCUCUACGACGAGCUGUACGAAGUCACCGCGCAGAUCACCAACACGGGCGACGUAGCCGGCGACGAGGUUGUCCAGCUCUACGUGGACCUUGGAGGCGACAACCCACCCCGCCAACUGAGAGACUUUGCCCGGAUGUAUCUGCUGCCCGGGCAGACCUUGACGUUCCGGGCUACGCUCACUCGCCGGGAUUUGAGUAACUGGGACGUGAAGUCGCAGAACUGGCUUGUUUCACCUUGGCCGAAGAGCGUGUACGUUGGACGGUCCAGUCGGAAUUUGCCGUUGAGUUCUCGGCUGGAGUAA